AUGUAUGGAAGGGCCGUACCCCGCAAUAAGGUUAAACUUCUAGGGGUGAUCAUUGACCAGGGACUCCAAUAUCGAUCUCAUGUGGACCAAGCUGUCAAAGCGCGCAGUAUUGGCACUAAGGAGGCUCAGAAAGUAACGCCGCCCGACACCUGUUUAUAUCUACUGUCACGGCUGUCGGCUGUCACAGAUUACGCAGCAUCGGUAUGGGGCGUACAGGGAAAGAUAUCAUCAUUCCACCAUGUGUGUCCACAGCUUUCAAGAGUAUCCAGAAAAUUGCGGCCCAAGGCCCAAUGCGUCACCGGGAUGUUCCGCACAGUGUCCAUAGUCAUAGGAGAGGCCGAGGCAGCGAUUGAGUCAGUCAAUGUUAGACCUCGGAAGCAAUACUCCACCACUGGAUUUUAUGUCACACCCUGCCACGGACGCAUCCUUUCUGGCGGUGCCGUGGCGCGGCGACCACCCAAAGGGGACUCAUUUUAA